GCGGCACCGAGCGCUGUGUCGGCCCCGGUGCGGCCGAAGUCGCGGUAGAGCGUAGCCCCCACGCCCCUCCCCCGUCCGCGCCCCCCCUCUUUCCCCGGGGAUGGAGAAGGCGACGGUUCCGGUGGCGGCGGCGGCGGCGGCGGCAGCGGCUGAGGGAGAAGGGAGCCCCCCGGCGGUGGCGGCCGUGGCGGGCCCCCCCGCGGCGGCGGCGGCGGCGGCGGCGGCGGAGGUCGGCAGCGGCGUUGGCGGCAGCAGCGGGGCUCGCUCGGCCUCUUCUCCUCGUGGGAUGGUGCGAGUCUGCGACCUACUCCUGAAGAAGAAGCCGCCGCAGCAGCAGCACCACAAGGCCAAGCGUAACCGGACUUGCCGACCCCCCAGCAGCAGCGAAAGCAGCAGCGACAGCGACAACAGCGGCGGCGGUGGAGGCGGCGGCGGCGGCGGCGGUGGAGGCGGCGGCGGCACCAGCAGCAACAACAGCGAGGAAGAAGAGGACGACGACGACGAGGAAGAAGAGGUUUCUGAGGUGGAGUCUUUCAUUUUGGAUCAGGAUGAUUUGGAAAAUCCAAUGCUGGAAACGGCUUCCAAGUUGCUCCUCUCAGGUACUGCUGAUGGUGCAGACCUCAGGACAGUAGAUCCAGAAACACAAGCCAGACUGGAAGCUUUACUAGAAGCUGCAGGAAUAGGCAAAUUAUCUACGGCUGAUGGUAAAGCCUUUGCAGAUCCUGAAGUGCUUCGGAGGUUGACGUCGUCUGUUAGUUGUGCGUUGGAUGAAGCUGCUGCUGCACUUACCCGGAUGAGAGCUGAAAGCACAGCGAAUGCAGGGCAGUCGGACAACCGCAGUUUGGCAGAAGCCUGUUCAGAAGGAGAUGUAAAUGCUGUGCGAAAGUUACUCAUUGAAGGGCGGAGCGUAAAUGAGCACACUGAGGAAGGGGAGAGCCUCCUUUGUUUAGCUUGUUCUGCUGGAUACUAUGAGCUUGCACAGGUUUUGUUGGCAAUGCAUGCAAAUGUGGAAGAUAGGGGAAUCAAAGGUGACAUUACACCUUUAAUGGCUGCUGCUAAUGGAGGACAUGUCAAAAUUGUGAAGUUGCUGCUAGCUCAUAAAGCCGAUGUCAAUGCACAGUCUUCAACAGGCAAUACAGCACUUACAUACGCUUGUGCUGGAGGCUAUGUAGAUGUUGUAAAGGUGCUCUUGGAAUCCGGUGCUAGUAUCGAGGACCAUAAUGAAAAUGGUCAUACUCCUCUUAUGGAAGCUGGAAGUGCUGGACAUGUGGAAGUAGCCAGAUUGCUGCUAGAAAAUGGGGCUGGCAUUAAUACGCAUUCCAAUGAAUUUAAAGAGAGUGCCCUUACAUUAGCUUGUUACAAAGGACACCUAGAGAUGGUGCGAUUUCUUUUGGAAGCAGGGGCAGAUCAAGAGCAUAAAACAGAUGAAAUGCACACUGCUCUAAUGGAGGCUUGCAUGGAUGGCCAUGUUGAAGUAGCUAGGUUACUUCUUGACAGUGGUGCCCAAGUCAACAUGCCUGCUGAUUCAUUUGAGUCACCAUUGACUUUGGCUGCAUGUGGUGGGCAUGUGGAACUUGCGGCUUUACUUAUUGAAAGAGGAGCUAGCCUGGAAGAAGUCAAUGAUGAAGGUUAUACACCACUGAUGGAGGCAGCUCGUGAAGGACAUGAAGAAAUGGUGGCAUUACUUCUAGGCCAAGGAGCAAAUAUCAAUGCACAGACAGAAGAAACUCAAGAAACUGCCUUGACUCUGGCUUGCUGUGGAGGCUUUCUGGAAGUGGCAGACUUUCUAAUAAAGGCAGGAGCUGAUAUAGAACUAGGGUGUUCUACCCCUUUAAUGGAAGCUGCUCAAGAGGGUCAUUUGGAGUUAGUUAAAUACUUAUUAGCUGCAGGAGCUAACGUUCAUGCAACAACAGCAACAGGGGAUACAGCACUAACAUAUGCCUGUGAGAAUGGUCAUACCGAUGUAGCAGAUGUCCUACUUCAAGCAGGAGCAGAUCUGGAACAUGAAUCUGAAGGUGGAAGGACUCCUUUAAUGAAAGCUGCAAGAGCUGGUCAUGUUUGUACUGUUCAGUUCUUAAUUAGUAAAGGAGCGAAUGUGAAUAGAACCACAGCUAAUAAUGACCAUACUGUACUGUCCCUGGCUUGUGCAGGGGGUCAUCUGGCAGUGGUGGAACUACUUUUGGCUCAUGGGGCAGAUCCUACUCAUCGUUUAAAAGAUGGCUCAACUAUGUUGAUAGAAGCAGCAAAAGGUGGCCAUACGAGUGUUGUUUGCUAUCUUUUGGACUAUCCUAAUAAUUUGCUUUCGGCCCCUCCACCAGAUGUCACUCAGUUAACCCCCCCAUCCCACGAUUUAAACAGGGCUCCUCGUGUACCAGUUCAAGCACUGCCCAUGGUUGUCCCACCUCAGGAGCCUGACAAACCACCUGCCAAUGUUGCCACUACUCUUCCCAUCAGGAAUAAAGCUGCUUCUAAACAAAAGUCCAGCAGCCAUUUGCCAGCAAACAGCCAGGAUGUACAGGGUUACAUCACCAAUCAGUCUCCAGAGAGCAUUGUAGAAGAGGCUCAGGGAAAGUUAACAGAACUGGAACAGAGGAUAAAAGAAGCCAUAGAAAAGAAUGCACAGCUGCAGUCCUUGGAACUGGCUCACGCUGACCAACUUACCAAGGAGAAGAUCGAGGAGCUGAACAAAACAAGGGAGGAACAAAUUCAGAAGAAACAAAAGAUUUUGGAGGAGCUACAGAAAGUAGAACGAGAGUUACAACUGAAAACUCAGCAGCAGCUAAAAAAGCAGUAUCUAGAGGUUAAAGCUCAAAGAAUUCAACUUCAGCAGCAGCAGCAACAGUCUUGCCAACAUCUGGGACUGCUAACUCCUGUUGGGGUUGGAGAACAGCUUUCCGAGGGAGACUAUGCACGGUUACAGCAAGUGGAUCCCGUUUUGCUUAAAGAUGAACCCCAGCAGACUGCUGCUCAGAUGGGUUUUGCACCAAUCCAGCCUCUGGCCAUGCCUCAAGCUUUGCCUCUGGCGGCAGGUCCCUUGCCUCCAGGGUCCAUCGCAAAUCUUACAGAACUGCAAGGAGUGAUAGUUGGACAGCCAGUACUGGGCCAAGCACAGUUGGCAGGGCUGGGGCAAGGAAUUCUGACAGAAACACAACAAGGGUUAAUGGUAGCCAGCCCUGCUCAGACCCUCAAUGACACGCUGGAUGACAUCAUGGCAGCAGUCAGUGGAAGAGCAUCUGCAAUGUCAAACACUCCUACACACAGUAUCGCUGCUUCCAUUUCCCAACCUCAGACUCCAACUCCAAGUCCUAUCAUCUCUCCUUCAGCCAUGCUUCCUAUCUACCCUGCCAUUGAUAUUGAUGCACAGACUGAAAGUAAUCAUGAUACGGCGCUAACACUUGCCUGUGCUGGUGGUCAUGAGGAACUGGUACAAACACUGCUAGAGAGAGGAGCUAGUAUUGAGCACCGAGACAAGAAAGGUUUUACUCCACUUAUCUUGGCUGCUACAGCUGGUCAUGUUGGUGUUGUGGAAAUACUGCUGGACAAUGGUGCAGACAUUGAAGCCCAGUCAGAGAGAACCAAGGACACACCGCUAUCUUUGGCUUGUUCUGGGGGAAGGCAGGAGGUGGUGGAGCUGUUGUUAGCUCGAGGGGCAAAUAAAGAGCACAGGAAUGUUUCUGAUUACACACCUCUAAGCCUGGCUGCUUCUGGUGGCUAUGUGAACAUUAUCAAAAUAUUACUAAAUGCAGGAGCUGAGAUUAAUUCUAGAACUGGUAGCAAAUUGGGCAUUUCUCCUCUGAUGUUAGCAGCUAUGAAUGGGCAUACAGCUGCUGUUAAGCUCCUGUUAGACAUGGGCUCUGACAUAAAUGCUCAAAUAGAAACCAAUCGGAACACUGCCCUUACCUUAGCCUGCUUCCAAGGAAGAACUGAAGUGGUUAGUCUUCUGCUUGAUAGAAAAGCAAAUGUGGAACACAGAGCUAAGACUGGCCUCACACCACUCAUGGAAGCUGCCUCUGGUGGAUAUGCAGAGGUGGGCCGAGUUCUUUUGGAUAAAGGUGCUGAUGUUAAUGCCCCUCCAGUGCCCUCUUCGAGAGAUACAGCUUUAACCAUAGCAGCAGAUAAAGGGCAUUAUAAAUUCUGUGAGCUUCUCAUUGGCAGGGGAGCUCACAUUGAUGUACGUAAUAAGAAGGGGAACACUCCAUUGUGGCUAGCAGCAAAUGGCGGACACCUUGAUGUGGUUCAGUUACUAGUACAAGCAGGUGCAGAUGUGGAUGCAGCAGACAACCGCAAGAUAACUCCUCUGAUGGCAGCAUUUAGGAAGGGUCAUGUGAAGGUGGUGCGCUACUUAGUCAAAGAAGUCAAUCAGUUUCCAUCAGAUUCUGAAUGUAUGAGAUACAUAGCAACCAUCACUGAUAAGGAGAUGCUGAAGAAGUGUCAUCUUUGUAUGGAAUCAAUAGUACAAGCCAAAGAUAGACAGGCUGCUGAAGCAAACAAAAAUGCCAGCAUUUUAUUAGAAGAGUUAGACUUGGAAAAGUUAAGAGAAGAAAGCCGGAGGCUGGCCUUGGCUGCCAAAAGAGAAAAGAGAAAGGAGAAGAGACGAAAGAAAAAGGAAGAGCAAAGAAGAAAACUAGAAGAAAUCGAAGCCAAAAAUAAAGAGAACUUUGAACUCCAAGCUGCUCAAGAAAAAGAAAAGCAUAAAGUUGAAGAUGAGCCUGAAGUCUUGACAGAGCCUCCAAGUGCCACAACCACUACUACCAUAGGUAUAUCUGCAACCUGGACAACUUUGGCAGGUUCCCAUGGUAAAAGAAAUAAUACCAUAACCACAACCAGUUCAAAGAGGAAAAACAGGAAAAAUAAAAUUACUCCAGAAAAUGUUCAGAUUAUAUUUGAUGAUCCACUACCAAUCUCAUAUAGUCAGCCAGAGAAGGUAAAUGGAGAGUCCAAGAGCAGCAGUACCAGCGAGAGUGGGGACAGUGAUAACAUGAGGAUUUCCAGCUGCAGUGAUGAAAGUAGUAACAGCAACAGCAGCCGAAAGAGUGACAAUCAUUCACCUGCUGUGGUGACUACCACGAUGACCAGCAAGAAGCAGCCAUCAGUUCUGGUUACAUUUCCAAAAGAGGAGAGAAAAUCUGUUUCUGGAAAGGCUUCAAUAAAAUUGUCAGAGACUAUCAAUGAAGUGACCAGUAAUUCUCUGUCUACUUGCACAAAAUCUGGUCCGUCUCCCCUUUCCUCUCCAAAUGGGAAGUUAACAGUAGCAAGUCCUAAGCGUGGACAAAAGAGGGAAGAAGGAUGGAAGGAAGUUGUAAGAAGGUCAAAGAAAGUAUCUGUUCCAUCAACUGUGAUAUCCAGAGUGAUUGGAAGAGGAGGCUGUAAUAUUAAUGCCAUUCGGGAGUUCACUGGUGCACACAUAGAUAUUGAUAAGCAGAAAGACAAGACAGGAGACCGGAUAAUAACCAUAAGGGGUGGCACUGAAUCAACAAGACAGGCAACUCAGUUGAUCAAUGCUCUGAUCAAGGAUCCAGACAAAGAAAUUGAUGAACUUAUUCCAAAGAAUCGUUUGAAAAGCUCCUCAGCAAAUUCCAAAAUAGGGUCGUCAGCACCUACCACCACUGCUGCUAACAGUUCCUUAAUGGGAAUUAAAAUGACGACUGUAGCUCUGUCAUCAACAUCUCAAACUGCCACAGCACUCACGGUGCCUGCAAUUUCUUCUGCAUCUACUCAUAAAACCAUUAAGAACCCAGUGAAUAAUGUGAGGCCUGGUUUUCCAGUUUCUCUUCCAUUAGCAUAUCCUCCUCCACAGUUUGCACAUGCUUUGCUUGCUGCUCAGACUUUCCAGCAGAUCCGUCCACCAAGGUUGCCCAUGACCCACUUUGGAGGUACUUUUCCACCAGCUCAAUCCACUUGGGGUCCUUUUCCUGUCAGGCCUUUGAGCCCUGCCAGAGCUACUAACUCGCCUAAGCCUCACAUGGUGCCUCGCCAUAGCAAUCAGAAUAGCAGUGGUUCUCAGGUGAAUUCAGCAGGUUCUUUAACUUCAAGUCCAACAACUACAACCAGUUCAUCAGCUUCAACGGUGCCUGGUACAUCUACAAAUGGCAGUCCAAGUUCACCUUCUGUCAGAAGGCAGCUUUUUGUCACAGUUGUGAAGACAUCCAAUGCCACCACCACAACAGUCACAACCACAGCAAGCAACAACAGCACUGCACCCACAAAUGCCACAUAUCCUAUGCCUACUGCCAAAGAACACUACCCAGUAUCAUCCCCAUCUUCCCCAUCACCACCAGCCCAGUCAGGAGGGGUUUCUAGAAACAGCCCUUUGGAUUGUGGAACAGCAUCUCCAAAUAAAGGGGCAUCUUCCUCUGAACAGGAAGCAGGUAGUCCACCAGUAGUAGAAACAGCAAACAGUAGACUUUCAAACAGCAGCAGUUCUUCUGGGAGUUCAUCAGUUCAUUCUACUCAGCAACAACCUCCGGGAUCUGUUUCUCAGGAGCCAAGACCACCUCUUCAGCAGUCUCAGGUUCCUCCCCCGGAAGUUAGAAUGACUGUUCCUCCUUUAGCAACAACAAGUUCUGCUCCAGUGGCGGUGCCUUCUACUGCCCCAGUGACUUACCCUAUGCCUCAGACACAAAUGGGAUGCUCCCAGCCUGCUCCUAAAAUGGAAACCCCUGCUAUUAGACCACCCUCUCAUGGCACAACGGCCCCUCACAAGAAUCCAGCUCCAGUGCAGAGUUCAUCUGUUGCAGUCCUAAGUGUCAAUCACAUUAAAAGACCUCACAGUGUUCCCUCUUCUGUCCAGCUACCUUCAACCUUAAGUACACAAAGUGCUUGUCAAAAUUCAGUACAUCCAGCAAAUAAGCCUAUUGCUCCCAAUUUCAGUGCCCCCUUACCAUUUGGGCCCUUUAGCACAUUGUUCGAAAACAGCCCUACUUCUGCUCAUGCCUUCUGGGGAGGAUCUGUUGUUUCAUCUCAGUCAACACCAGAAUCUAUGCUAUCAGGAAAAUCCUCAUAUUUGCCAAAUUCAGAUCCUUUACAUCAGUCUGAUACUUCCAAAGCUCCAGGUUUUAGACCACCAUUACAGAGACCCGCUCCAAGUCCCUCAGGUAUUGUCAACAUGGACUCGCCAUAUGGUUCUGUAACACCUUCUUCUACACAUUUGGGAAACUUUGCCUCAAACCUUUCAGGAGGUCAAAUGUAUGGACCUGGGGCACCCCUUGGAGGAGCACCCGCAGCUGCUAACUUUAACAGACAACAUUUUUCCCCACUUAGUUUGUUGACUCCAUGUUCAUCAGCAUCGAAUGAUUCUCCUGCACAGUCAGUAUCCUCUGGAGUUCGUGCACCUUCACCUGCCCCAUCAUCAGUACCUUUAGGGUCAGAGAAGCCCAGCAACGUCUCUCAGGACAGAAAAGUUCCAGUCCCUAUUGGGACUGAACGUUCUGCACGUAUCAGGCAAACUGGAACUUCAGCUCCAUCUGUUAUUGGGAGUAAUUUAUCUACAUCAGUAGGGCAUAGUGGAAUCUGGUCUUUUGAAGGGAUUGGUGGCAAUCAAGAUAAAGUAGACUGGUGUAACCCUGGGAUGGGAAAUCCCAUGAUUCAUAGGCCAAUGUCCGAUCCAGGAGUGUUUUCACAGCAUCAAGCAAUGGAGCGAGAGAAUACAGGAAUUGUAACUCCUUCUGGUACAUUCCAUCAGCAUGUUCCUGCAGGAUACAUGGACUUUCCUAAAGUUGGGGGUAUGCCUUUUUCUGUGUAUGGGAACGCAAUGAUUCCUCCAGUAGCACCUAUUCCUGAUGGUGCUGGAGGACCCAUAUUUAAUGGCCCUCAUGCUGCAGACCCCUCUUGGAACUCCCUGAUAAAGAUGGUUUCGAGCUCCACAGAAAAUAAUGGCCCUCAAACGGUGUGGACUGGACCCUGGGCACCUCACAUGAACAGUGUGCAUAUGAACCAGCUCGGCUGAUGAGGAUCGGCUUGUUAGCCUGCAGAUUCCUUUUCAUUCAGAGGAAAUCACAAGUGGCCGAAAAAAAUUCAUGCUCCCAAAUCAUUCUACUGAUGUGCUUGACUGAAGUGUGUAGGCUUUUUGCAGAAGAAGUUACUAACUGACCUAUUUUCUGUGAACAUUUGUGACUGCCCAUUCCCCACCACCAUCCGUUUUACCUUAGUUAGCAUUUUUCUUAUCAUUUUUCUUUUUUUCUUUCCCUCUUCCCCUUUGGACAUAACUUUCUGUUGAAGCUGUUCUUUGGCUGGUUGGUUUUAGUACUGUAAACUGCUUCUGAGCAAACACGGAAAUUUAGCAAAAUUAUGUAAACUUGAUCCUGAAGUUUUAGAAUGGCAAAUAAAUGUACAAUUGUUUACAUAACAGAAAAGGCUAAGCAGAAAGUAAAUUUCAAUAUGUCAGUAUAGAGGCUCUACUUUAUGUAGACUUAAAUUAAUGUGAGAUAUGUACCUUCAUAUUCAGAAAUCUGGAUGUUUCCUUCAUACAUUAAACUAUUAAUAAGCAUAA